GUUCCAAACGAGACGAUGAGAGUGGGUGUAUCGACUAAGCCUCUGGCAGCACUAGAUCUCUUUCUGCUUCGAGUCCUUUUCCAUGGAUGUCUCUUAGUCUUAUAUCCCCUGAUCCUCGUGUACCUCGUCAUCGGCUUCAAACCGAACUCCUCCCAGUGGUCCAUUUGGGGAACGGCACUGGCUGGACUCGUAGCAACUACGAUAAUACUGUCCUUACUCUUAUUUGAUUAUAUGACCCUCAAACGACGACCAUCACCAAACCUGGCGAUCCUAGCAGACUUUCUGCUCACAGGAGCUCUGGUUCCGACGAUGUGGAUACUUCCAUAUAUACCCAACAUAGUGGUCAACAACGACUGGUUGGAGUCCACUAGCGCUCGUCCGGGGUGGAACCCAUUCUUUCAGAUCAUCCGAUUCGGCAUCCCAUCAUUUUGCUUCCUGUACAUGUUAUUCAUCGUCAUCAUUCCGCUAAGAAUACCAGGCGCCAUCGACACCUUCUUCGCCAUACCGCCAACUUCGUCAGACCCUCCAUCCUACGAUAACGCGCCUAUCUACAAGAGACUGUAUGGCCCUCUCCGAUGCGACACGGAGCGCGAAAGGCUUGAACGGCAUUGCUCCUUUAUCAUCUUUAGACAGACGAUCGCGAGAAAACAUCCAUUUGAACCCGCUGCGCUCGGCAUCAUUCGCGGUCUUUUCGCCGUAUAUGCACUCCUUGGGCUCAUCACGUAUGGUAUAGCGAUUCUUGCAGACGUCAGAAAGGAGGCCCUCCAACAGGCGGGUGGACAGACAGUGGAACGAUCCGUCGUUCCUUCAUACGGUGCAGGGGACAACAAUCUUCGUAUCAUCUCAGCCAGGGCAGAAGCGCACAAUGCGGUCAACUACGAGCUGAUUAAUCUAUCCGUGACGUUCAACAACAAUGGUCUGAACUUCGUCAACUCGUCUACCGGGAUGAGGCACGACUACAACAAUCAGACUCGUACCGAUUUCGUCUACAGCUUCGACAGCUCCCAGUCCGGCCUCAGCACAUACGAUGCCUACCCAGUGACAGCGUGGUGUCGAAACACGACGCUGCUGCUCCCCCGUGGAGACAGUGAACUGUCAGCCGUGGAUUGCCAUAUCUCUUCUGAAGGAGGAUCUAUCAUCAGCUCACAACUAUUCUUCUCAUCCCCCGUUCGUCGGUAUAUGUGGGUGUUUGACACUAGCUCCGAGGACAUAUCCGAUCCGCCUGCUACGAACCUCUCGGCUCCGUACAUCCUCCCAGUAGGUGCGAACCUAGAUGUGUACAUGUCACCCGAGCAGAAGAUUAUUGGCGACACGAACUGGCUACGGUAUAACUUUGAUACCAUCGUACCCACUACAUUCACAAACAUGCCUACCGUCACGCUCACUCCUUUCUAUUCUAACUGGACCACAUCGGACGUCAUGACUCCCACCGACCCUCCGUCAAUGUUCACAGCUCUCUUAAGUGUCAUCGGUAAACUUGGUGGGGUAUUCGUCACCCUUAACGGGAUCUUCGUUAUCGUCUUCGGCAGGACUGUAUGGGCCGUGGUCGCUGGCGGUAGACCAAUCACCCCCUUCGGCAUCUUCAGCAACUUCGCGUGGUACAGGGCGUCGAUACACCAACACUACCCACGACUCCAAUCUGACUGCGAAAGCAACGGCAUGGCAGGAUUCCUCGAAGAGGUCGCGAUGGACGUUGGGAUUAUCGAGCAUAAGGAUAAUCACUGGUCUGAUCCAAGGAGGAUGGCAGGGGGGACCCCACGGUGGUCAGGCGAAGCUCAUGACCAGGCUGCAUUUAUCGAGAUGCGUACGCCUAGUCCGAACGUUACUGAUCGACACUUUUACCCCGGUGUGGACAAGUAA